UCUCAUGUUUGCACGACUGCUUAAAAAGGGACAUUCUCACCCUGCAUUGACGCAGAGUAUAAGGAGUGCGAGUGGCUGCUUUUCUGGAGGCACAGAUAGAGAGUCAUGUGAGAGAACGAGGAGACCCUGGAGAGCAUGAAAUUGUUCCACAAUGUAAUUUCCUGAUCCAGAUUCUAUGUUUCUCUUCUGAGUGAUGAUCCAGCAGGCAGGACGCUGGGGAUGGCACGGCCAGUACAAAACUGCUGGAGCACUGAACAGGCUGGAGACUCAGAAAAUACACCUGAAAAGUAUUUGUCUGCAGUAUCAGCUGUGUCUUCUUCUGAACAGCCAUUUCUUUUGCCUUUUAAAGAAUGGGAUGGGACUAAUCAUCUUAUGUGCUUAUGUACCAAAGACAGAAGCAGGUCAUUGCAAGUGGGCAGAAGUUCUGAAAGACUUGGAGAAGAUCAAGACAUCCAAAGACAUUGAUGUCAGUUUAUAUACUGCAAACACAGAUGAGGAUGAAGAAUGCCAAGAACCUGUAAUGAGAUGCUUUUUCUUAGAGACAGAAGUGAUUAUUCAAGAAUGUCGUAUCAAAAAUUGUAGUGAAACACAGGAUGUAGUGAACAUAUGGAAAAAUGGAAAUGCAAGCUUAGAAAAUAAAAAGUUGAAUUCCACAACAUCAGCAAAAUGCAAAGAAUGUGAAGAAUAUGAAGAAAAAAGUUUUACAGAAUUUAUACAGAGUUUUGAAAAGGUUAUACAGAGGGACUGCAAACACUGACCAAAAGACACAAGUUGGGAAACAAGAUUCUUCCAUGAACAUUCUCAGAGAAAUUAGAUUAUCACCAACAAUAAACUGGAAAAAGAACAUCAUUUACAAUA